AUGGCCCGCACGAAGCAGACGGCGCGCAAGUCCACCGGCGGCAAGGCGCCGAGGAAGCAGCUGGCCACCAAGGCGGCCCGCAACGCCGUCUCCGCCCUGCAGGAGGCCGCCGAGGCGUACCUGGUGGGGAUGUUCGAGGACACCAACCUGUGCGCCAUCCACGCCAAGCGCGUCACCAUCAUGCCCAAGGACAUCCAGCUCGCACGCCGCAUCCGCGGGGAGCGCGCCUAG